AUUGACAUCGGAAGUAUUUCCGUGUUGCAGAAAGGCGGAUCGUUUUUUUUGCUGCUUUCCUUUUCAGAACUUAUUUUAAGCAUUCUGUGUUAGUUAUUCGGCUGCAGUUGCCGGUUAAUAUUCUUCCUUGACUCCACGUUGAUUUUGCGACGUUUUAUUUCGCCAAACGAAGCUCACGCUGCGACGACAAAGAGUUUUUCCAGCCGUAGCCAGCCCGGCUAGCUCGUUAGCUCCAGAGUGUUCUUUAAAAUUCAGGAAGAUGGACGAUAAAGAGUUGUUGUGGGCUCUGAAGAACGGCGACUUGGACGAGGUCAUGCAGCAUCUGAAGACGAAAGAGGAUGUAAACAAGACCCUGAGCAGUGGGAGGGCACCUCUUCACUAUGCGGCGGACGGUGGUCACGCAGAAGUACUGAAAUACCUUAUUAGUCAAGGAGCAGAUGUUAAUGCCAAAGACAGACACGGGAUCACUGCACUGUUUUCAGCCAUUUACGAGGGUCACGCAGCGUGUGUCAAGCUUCUCUUAGAAAAGGGAGCCGACAAAGACAUAAAAGGACCCGACGGUCACAGUGCCUACGAUUCCGCUGAGAGCGAGGACAUAAAGGCUCUGCUGAAGUGACGCUCCGCGGCGUUUGGCGGCAGCUGAACGGGCAGACGGAUGGAUGCAGUGCUCCCCCUGACAGAAGAUGGACACGCCCCCUUUUACCCCGAUCUGUCAUCACACUGCUUUUCUGUCUGGUGAUUUUUUUUUUUUUUUCUUUAGUGUUUGCCCCCCCCCCUUUUUCACUCGAGUUCUUGGAGUAGAUUUGUCUUUUUCUUUUGGUUUCUGUAUCCAUUUAACACGAGGACUCGUCAGGCGUGUCUCCCCGAGGGAUCGAGUGCUGGGACGCAGAUCCUGAAACACUGACAAGUCAAGUUGUGUCAUGGAAGUAAGCUCAGCGCUGUAACAGUUAUUUAAUGGAGAAUUAAUUCAUGAAUUUAAAAAUAUUCCAAUUUGUGAAUGAAUACAUCAAUAGCGUGUGAGAAUAUUUUUACAACUUCAAAAAUACUGUUUUGUCAGAACUUAGUGAUACCAGACUGCAUGAGGCUCAACUGUGUGCCCUUUAUUUUAUUAAACGGUCCAAAUGUUCCCUACAAACCCCCCAAAAUUUGGAAAUGUUUGACCUUUUUUAUCACUUGCAUAUCAGUAGGUGUUUUUGAGAGAGAUUGUUGCUUCUUCCCUCAGUUGCUGUUCUGGUUCACCACUUUGAUGGUGCAAUUUAACACUAUUGUUGCAAUUCUAACAACUGUAGUGCGCACGGCGGGGGGGAGCUUUAGAACUGGUCAUGUUUGUCACUCCUGCAGUAAAGGUUCAGACCAAAAAUUACUUUUUGUUGCAGCUUCUGUGUAUUUUGUGUGGACUAGUAGGGUCAGAGGUGAUUUUUUUUUGGGGGGGGGGCGCUUGUGCUGAGCCCCUCCCACUGUGUUGGAUUGUUGUUGGCGAGAAGCUCCACCUGUUCCGCUGCAUGAUAUAACUGGUUCAGCUGUUGUGCUACUAACUGGUCUCUGUUCUCUUUUGGCUGCUUUUAGUUGAUUGUGCUCUUUUUCGGGGGUGGCAAGUUUGCUGUUGCUUACUUCAUGACAAAAAGUCUGUAAAAUCCAAAUAAAAAAGAU